AUGCAGACGACAAUAGCAGACGACACGUACUGUACUCAUCGCGCGAUUUUUCAUACGGGGUGCGCUGCCCGUCUAGCAGACGACGUCAGAACAAAACAACAGCACAGCAGAAGCCUCGCCUCGAUCGCGCUCGCGCAGCACAGCAGCCAUCACCCCGUGUCAUCUCUGUUUUGAUGCGGAUAGCGUCACCAAAUUAUGUAUUGAUUCGGGCCAUGGGGUAGAGCCGCACGCUAUUCUCUCCUUCUCUUCAUGUAACCUUCAAACCCCCAUCCAGGCUAUGAAGAGGUCAAAAGAUAGAGUUGCUAUGCUCUCUCGCUGCGUUGGUGAAGCAGCACUCCUGCAAACUCUACCAUGCAAUUCAGAUAGUGUCACUUGUUGUGACUUUGGUGUCAAUUUCCUUUUUGCAGCUGGCUCGAGUGAGAAGAUUGUACGAGUAUGGGAAUGGGUCAAAGGCUCUGGCUUUGUCGAAGCGUCUUUUUCCCAUUUAGCUGGUCACCGAUAUGCCAUUACAAGCGUGCGUUUUUCUCCUUUGGGAACUAUGUUGGCAAGCUCCUCAUCAGAUGGAAGUACAAUGUUGUGGAACACAAGGACUGGCGUUCGUAUUCAUACAUUUGUUCAAACCAAUGGUUGUGCUGUACGCCUUAGUAUUUUUGCUCCAAACUCAUCAUUCCUUGUAAGUGCUGGUGAUGAUGGUGGAAUAUGUGUUUGGGACAUUUUGAGGCGUGCGUUAGUAAGGUCUGUUCAAGCUCAUGAUGCUACUAUUCAAGCUAUGUCAUUCAGUCCUGAUUGUAAAUAUCUCUUAACAUCUGACACUGUUGGUAUCCUUAAGUUGUGGAAAGAUUUGAUUGAACCCACUAGUGAUUUGGUUGAGGCUCCAAGUACAUCAGACUCUACUGAUACCCUAGUUUCUAUUGUGGAGGAUGCACAUGAUCUUGGAGUCACCGGGUCAGAUUUUGCUUCAAUUCAAGAAACGCCAGCUGACAAUGUCCUUGCGACCCGUUACACAUUGGCAACUUGUGGGAACAAUCAUUUGGUAAAGGUAUGGUCAUUUGUCGUAGUGCAUCCCUCUAAACAGUGGAACCCUCCGCACUCUCCAGCAUCAGGAUCUGGAAGGCAGAGUCUGGUUCCAACCCCCGAACUGGGAAGUCCAGUCAGCCCAAACAGCCUGGGUCCUCGAAGAGAGAAUAGUUUUAGGAUAAGGGAUAAGCGAGAGAGCAACGAAAGUCUCCGGAGAAGAGGAAGCAGUAUCAGGAGGCGACACAAGCAUUGUCAAGUUUCUCUCAAACUGACUUUGGAGGGGCAUGGAUCUGAUGUGACAUGCGUCAGAUUUAAUGCAAGUGCCACUCGCCUUGCAUCUUCUUCACUUGAUAAAACCGUACGAUUGUGGGAAAUUCCAAGUGGCACCUGUCUUCGGGUGUUGGAAGGUCAUACAAGAUAUGUAGCUUGCUGUGCAUUUUCCCGUGAUGGAUCUCUGCUUGCAUCUGGCUCAAAUGAUAAAACUAUCUUAAUGUGGGAUGUGAAAGGAAAACUGUCUUUGGAAACUGACCUGGCACCAUCCUUGAGCGCUUUUCGUGAUAAAUUAUCAGGAUCUAGCUUUGACAGUACUUGCGGACCUCCUGAUGCGUCAGUUCUGGAGGGAGGUCCAAAAUCCUCUGAGUCUCAUGCCACACUCCGUGAAGUCCAACUCUUGCAACGAAUUGAAUGUCCACAUGGAGCAGUCAACACUUGUGAUUUCUUUGGCAAUAACUUGUUGGCCUUCGGAGGAGGCGAUAAAAUGGUUCAUAUUUACUCCAAAAUUGAUGGAGGUCUGAGGUUUCAAGAAGCUGAAAAUGCUUCUCCCAUUGAAGCUCAUGCCUUUGCUGUGAACCAGGUAGAGUUUUCUCCUUGUGGAAAAUAUGUAGCCUCAUGCUCUGCUGAUGGAUGUGCAGUUCUCUGGGAUACUGAGACUGGCAAACGGGUGCCUGGUAAUUUUGGGACUGGUCGCAGUGCUAUUAGAACUUGUCGAUUUUCCCCUGAUGGCAAACUUCUUAUUUGUGCUGGUGAUGAUCAGACAACCAGUGCAUGGCGAACGGACACUGGAGAACUUUUCAUGUCUGUAGAAGGGCACAGUGAAGCUGUUACUGCUUUGGCCAUCUCCCCAGACAGCCAGUUUUUAGCCACCGCCUGCAGUGCUGGGCAUGUUCGAGGCUGGGCCAUUGUGUCAAUUUGGGACCAAUGUUUAAUGUUGCAGGAAGAUGCCCAUGAUCUGGGCGUUCAAAGCUGUGAUUUUUCUCCAUCAGCUGGAAUGUAUGGUUCUGAGAGCUAUUUGUUGGCAACUUGUGGCAAUGAUUCUAUGGUAAAAUUAUGGAAAGUGCCCAAGGACAUUUGUGCUCCACCCACACCAACUUCUCUGUUGCUGAGUGCACCGCCAGCCCCAGCCAGCCCGCUACGUUCUCCCAAACCCCCUCCAGGAGCAAAACUUGUGCGCACCUUUGUUGGUCAUGGGGGAAACGUAAUGUGUGUACGUUUCACUCCUGAUUCUGGGGAAUUUUUAGUUUCUACAGCCUCUGAUUCUACAGCUCGCAUAUGGAGUGUUCACUUGGGAGAUUGUCUUUUUGUGCUGGAAGGACACAAAAAACAUGUAACGUCAUGCACAUUUUCAUCUGAUUCUUCUCUUCUAGCUACAGGAUCUCUUGACAAAUCUCUGAUUUUGUGGCUCCUUCCUGAUCAUCUUGUGUACCAGAGUGUCGCUGCUUCUCGUUUACGUGGUCAACCACUUUAUGCUCUCGACUGGACUCCUGAUGAUGUAAUAUCGUGGCUAAAGCGUUCUCUCUCAUUUCCUAUUGAUCCAUCUAUUUCUGUGGCAGAAAAUUUAGAUGGUUGUCAGAUACUCACGCUACCAGAAACUGAAGUUGCUUCCAUUUUGUCCAUAGACAACCCAGACCAAAUUCAUGAAUUGACAUUGCAGCUGAAGUGGUUACGCCAUGAAGAACUUAAUAUAUGUCGACCAGAAAUAGCGAGCAACUUUGAUGUCCCACACGAGUUUCUAUGCCCCAUAACAAGGGAAGUUAUGAGAGAUCCUGUUGUGUGUGCAGAUGGUUUUACCUAUGAACGAGCUGCUAUUGAAGAAUGGUUCCUGAGUGGAAAGUUGACGAGUCCCAUGACCAACUCAACAUUGGCAAGUCUUGCGUAUCGGCGUCAUUCCCAGCUGAAGCGUGCCAUCUCUGAAUUUUUAUAUGAUGAUUCCUCAGAUCCUAAUGACACUGAGUAGAUUUUUUGGUGUUUGCCAACCAGAAAGAGGUGGUCAAAAAUAGAUCUAUUCAAUUGCAAGUCAAUAAUUUUAAAUGGAUUUUACAUCAAAUCUUUGUUGAAGUUACACCAAACCACCCUUUUGUGACUAGGUUUACCUAAUGUUUUGGUUUCAUGACAUGUUGAAGUAAAUUUGUAAUCUUCUAUCUAAACUGCUUAAUAUCAAUGCAAUGCAGUUUCAUGUUUACUUUUUCAUGUCUCAGCCAAUGGGCUUAGAAAAUAAUCUAUUUUUUGUUGAGCCUUCUUUAUAUUUGUGCCUGUGAUAAUGUGUGCCCUUUUUGUGUUUGAAAAAUCCUAUAAUGUAAGCAAGUUUUCCGUAACUUGUUGGAAAAUUUUAAAACCGUUUGCACCACCCCUCCAGUAUUAGCCUACACUUACCCUUUCACAUGUAUUUGGUAACAGUACUAAGUAUUUAUAUAUGUACAUUCGAUGUGUUUCUUUGUUGCUCUUUUUUUCAAUUGUUAAUUGUGAGCAUGGCCAUUCGCUCAAUUGUUUAUGUGAUAUCCUAAUUUAAUGUUGAUUCAGUCCUUGGAUGGACACUAUGUUGUAAUAAUGGUGCUCCCUAAUUUUUUGUUAGUUGUUAAGUGCCUUUUUUUUUUUUUUUUUUGUUCAUACCAAUAUCUCAAAUUAGUGAAUAUUUAAAAAUAUUGACUGCCAAUUGAUGCUGCAGAGGGUGACCCGCUCGCGCCGGUAGAUCGGAAAGUAGUCAACACUUGAUGCACUUGCCAGCAGCGCGCCAGGGGCCGAUGGGUGAAGCGGUGAGUGGUUCACUUUCAAUCUACCGGCGGAGGCGGGCCACCGCACGGGCCUCCCUGUGCCGUUGCAUUGCACUUACCAGCAAAAUGACUAUUAUUUAAGUGUUCUCUACUUCUCAUUGUCUAUGUCAUGUUACAAGUUUGAUCAAUUAUAUCUUCCUCACAAGUUUAUGAGCGAGGGAGUUCUCCCUCCAAAUAUUAAAAUUAACAAUUCUAAAUAUCUUGCAUAUUAGUUGAAGUUUAAUUCCCGCCUCUUUAAAUUUUCAUUCUAUCUUCAUCCAUUGUGAAUUUUGAAAACAUUAUUUAGAACCAUAAUUUAUUCAACUAAAUUGUCUUUUGAAUUAAUGCGCACCUUUUAAUUACAUAGUCUUUCACCUUUAAAAACAACCCUUGUCUAUAAAAGGGCUUAAAUAGCAAGUUGUGGAUUAUUACUACUGGUAAGUUAAGCUGCGGAUGUCCAGUGCUGUUAUACUUAUUCUAUUGAUUUUAUCUUUGUAAUUUAUCCCAUAUCUUGCAAAUCCUAAAUAUUAAAAAUAUGACCAUGUACAAGAUUAUCUUAAAAAUGAUAAAUUACCGAUUUUGUGCAGACUUUAGCGUUUUCUUCAGAGAUUGUCGCGAUUCUGUAUUUCCGCAGGCAAUCGGCGCAUUGUGCAAUCUAUGCAACUAAAAAAAUAUAAACUGUGCACGCAAAAAAAAAUCAAGGAUGUAAACUUUUUGUGUUGUUGUUAUAAUUACUGACCGACCAAGGGACCAUUGUUUUCUGAAAGUUAAUUAUUUGAAAUACAGCUUAACGGAAAGGA